GAGACUUUUCUUCAACUCUCUCUGUAGAACUUCAUCCUUUAAUAGAUAGAUCUCUGCUUGAGUAUAGAUUGUAGCUGACUUCAUUCUCUCUCCACCUCUGAGGAUCCUCCACAAUAUAGACAGACCAAAAGUCUGUGGUGCAGAAGGAACCUGAGCAGAUAAAGUCACAUUUUGGAGAAAUGGGAAACUGCACAGGGGGAGACACAGAGAUACCAGAAUUGUCCCCAACAGCUCUGUUCACAAAUACGUUCUACCGAAUCCCAGCUCUAAUCUACAUUGACCAAACCUUUCUUGCUUUUGCUGAGAAGCGAACCUCACUCAAGGAUGAGGAUGCGGAACUGCUGGUCCUCAACAGGGGAACACGGCAGGAUGGAAGUGUGAAGUGGUCAGGUGUUCGAGAGCUCACAGAAGCACAGAUGCCGGAUCAUCGCACCAUGAAUCCGUGUCCUGUCUAUGACGAACGAAACAAACGUCUCGUUCUGUUUUUUAACUGUGUGUAUGAUCAUAUCAGUGAGCAAGAGCAGAUAAAGAAAAGAAAGAACGCUGCUAAGUUGUGUUACAUUACUAGCUGUGACAAAGGUGAGAGUUGGACAAAAUUGAUAGAUUUGACAGAACGUGUGAUUGGUGAUGAGAUUCUUAAUUGGGCCACGUUCAGUGUAGGACCUGGACACGGCCUUCAGAUGACUGAUGGCAGACUCAUCGUUCCUGCUUAUGUUUAUUAUAAAGAUAGUUCUGUUACACCCUAUUCUUUUGCAUUCUAUAGUGACGAUGGUGCUAACUGGAGAUUUGGAAAAAGAUUAAGUGUCACAUCCACUGAGUGUGAGAUGGCAGAGGUGGAAAUCGAGGGCAAGAAAGUGUUAUACUGCAGUGCAAGAGGCACUAAGGGUUAUAGAGUGGAGGCUUUGAGUGAGGACAGAGGAGAGAGUUUUCAAGUAAUCCCAGGUGAUAGGAAAUUGGUGGAGCCCCCUUAUGGUUGCCAGGGGAGUGUAGUGAGCUUCCAGCAUGAAGAUAAAAAAUGGCUCAUGUUUUCACACACAACUGACAAAAAGCAGAGAAAGAAUCUUGGGAUUUAUUUGAAUAAGACUCCUGAGAAUCCCUCAGGAUGGACUAAACCAAAGAUCAUCAAUCCCUGCUCCAGUGCAUACUCUGAUGUGGUUCAGUGUGGCGAGAAAAACUUUGCUUGCCUCCUGGAGCGUAAGACGGUUAACUGCGAAGAAAUCGCUUUUGUGGAGUUUAAGCUCAGCGACAUUAAGCCAAAUCUGUAGCUGUAUUUACCUGCGCUGUAAAAAUAAGCGACUCUACACGUGAAACAGAACAGAACUCAGGGCAGAGGCGAGGCGACUGAUGCUGAACCCCUCAGUGACAGACACAGGGUUCAGAAACACACACACCUUCAGUUACAGUUUAUUUACCAAGAUUUGUGACCAUGAGUAAAAAAAUGACUUGCUUUUUGUGUCAGAGAUGAGAACAGAUCGUCUUAAAGACAGACAGAGAUUAAAGCAGAGAUUUAACCUUCUGACUACUGAAAACCCUGCAGUUAUUACAGGGCUGUAAAAACAUCUAUAACCACUGUAUCUGUGUUCAUUUCCAUCUCUCACUCUUCAUUACACAUUUCCUGUUUGACCUGUAACUCUUUUUAAUGCAUCUUAGUCCUUAUUAUAGAGUCAGAGACAUUUACUGAACUACUGACCGUGUACAACAACGACAAUAAAGACAUAAAUGUUCAAACUAAUAAAUCUUCUGUUACAAAGAAAAAUAAUACAGACAGAUUAUAAUUUUA